AUUUUCCAUGGACUUUAGGGACCCAUUGCAGUGCCUGUGUUCGCAGGUCCUCAGCACCAGUCCUCGAUUGGGAAGGCUGUUCAAAAUUCUGUUACGAAAAUCAAUCAAAGUGAAGGCCGGGCAAUUGGUAGCAACGAUAACGACAAAACCCCUAUACAGCAAAUACCUAGGACUCAUCCAGGUUACAGCAUGGUCUUCAAUCAAACAUGUGCUGCCCCUCAAAAGUUUUCACGCCAACCCUUAGGGGCUGUAGUGCCGUUGCGCACAAUCGACUGGAAUUCGUAUGCUCCACGCACCCGCACCCGCACACUCCAAAUGAGGUCUGUGAAAAAACCGGAAUCUCAGGUUGUCUAUGAUUGGAUGGCUACCAACGUUAAUUUGGACAGGUAUACUUUUUAACUACAUGUACGAUAUAGCAUACUGUCCCAACAACCCAUCCACCUUAGAAUAUGAUUUCUUUUGUUUGUUUAGGAAUGCGGAGUUAUUUAAUUAUGGUGGGUGGUCUGCACGCCGGGAGGACUUUAUGUUGUUAUUGGAAGGCAAUCAAGUGGCGGUUGCUAUAAUCAAUGCUUGGGCAUCACUGCUAAACUUUAGGGAGCGGGGUAAACCAAUUGCUGCACCUAGUAGGUUUUUCGUGUCAAUAGCUACAACGUUGCACACAGUUAGUAACUUUCAAGCACCCCGUUCACAUCGAUUACAAUUAUUCACUGAGCGGAUGGAGGCCGAAUUAAAGUUAACAAGUUAUGCUACAUGGGGAGAUGUGGACAUGUUCAUUUUCCCUAUAUUGCAUGGCACACAUUAUUAUGUUAUUUCUGUUGAUGUAAGACGAUUGAAGUUCGUUAUUAUUGAUAACUUAUCUACUGGUGGUGAUUCACUCGAAAAAUAUGGCCAAACCCAUAUGCAGCUGCAUGAUUUGCUCUCCGUAUUCUUCGAGGACUCCGGAUUCCCAGCACUCUACAUAAAGGUCACUGCACUGCAACCACGACGCCUUCGAAUGUCAUGGCGCGAAACAAAAAACAGCAUCGACUCUGGUGUAUUUGCAAUGCGCCAUAUGGAGACGUAUGUAGGGCAGUCGAUAGCCUCUUGGGAUUGUGGUAUUCGGAGGGGUGAUGCAAGGUGUGUGCGUGAAAUGCGCGUAAGGCUCAUGUCAGAACUUUUGCUGUUUCAUAACAACACACACCAUCUGCCCAACGUCAACGCAGUGGGGGGAUUUGAAGCCACUAUACGUUGACCAACAUUAAGAUUUAAAACCAUUUCAGCAUUCAAUAUUCCUUUUACAUAUAUGUGUUACUAAUGUCCUUCAUUUUCGGUACCAGCUGAUGUUGAAUUUUAUUUUUAACCAAUAAGACAGCAGUUCUGUUUAA